AGACAUAGCCGAUCACAUUCGGAAAAGAAAGCGAAAUCGAAACCCUAACCCUAACGGAGCGAUGGCGGAGCACUUGGCAUCGAUAUUCGGGACGGAGAAGGACAGGGUGAACUGCCCGUUCUACUUCAAGAUCGGAGCUUGCAGGCACGGCGACCGGUGUUCUCGGCUCCACACCAAGCCCACAAUUAGCCCAACGCUGGUUCUGUCCAACAUGUACCAGAGGCCCGACAUGAACAUGAACAUCAUCACCAACCCUAAUCAGCCUCAGCCCCAAUCCCUCGACCCCGACAAGGUCCAAGAUCACUUCGAUGACUUCUACGAAGAUCUCUUCGAGGAGCUCAGCAAGUACGGCCCCAUUCAGAGCUUGAACAUUUGCGACAAUCUCGCCGAUCACAUGGUUGGGAACGUGUAUGUUCAGUUUCGGGAGGAAGAUCAUGCUGCCAACGCCCUCAUGAAUCUCACUGGAAGAUUUUAUUCAGGUCGGCCCAUCAUUGUUGAUUUCUCUCCUGUUACCGAUUUUCGAGAAGCUACUUGUAGGCAGUAUGAGGAAAAUGUAUGCAAUCGAGGUGGCUAUUGCAACUUUAUGCACUUAAAGAAGAUUAGCAGGGAUUUGAGAAGGAAAUUAUUUGGAAGAAAUAGGCGAUGGAAUGGUCGCAGCGGAAGCAGAAGCCGGAGCCCUCCAAGGAAUCGUAACCAUGGGGAGCAUUCACAUGCUGGUCGUAGUUCUGGUAGAAGAGAUUUUGACCGGCCCCAUAGCCACCAUGGUAGGAGGCCUAGAAGCCGUAGUCCUCGAUAUAGAGGAAAAAGAAGUAGAAGUCCUGUGGGCAGGGAUAGGAGUCCCGUGAGAGAAAGUAGUGCAGAAAGGAGAGCUAAGAUAGAGCAAUGGAACAGGGAGAAGGAACAGGAGGAUUCUGGUACCAAGAGCAAUUUGAAAAGCAAUGAUUAUCAAGAACAGAGUGUUGCACAAAAUGGCAGUGAAUCUGGGAACCAUCAGAUAUAGCAACAUCACAGUGAUUUGGCCCAAAAUCUGGUAGUAAAUGUGGCAAGUAAUCUGGUUUUGUGUUUGCGCUUAUUUAGAUGGUUUUAGUUGCCGUUAUUAUUCUAUUCCGAAUUGUCAAUUUAGUGAUAGAACUUUGUAAUAUCCAUAGCGACAAUAGUUUAAUUUUCUGCUUCAAUUGUAAUGUUCUGCAUCUUGAAGGGAGUGAGGAAAAUGGAAGUAGUGGGGAGUUUCAUUUGUUGCGGGGGAGUUUAGCGAUACAUUUGAUAAAGUUCAGCUAUGAAUGUUUCAUAUUCUGUUAUUGAGCAUUGUUGGAUGUUA